AACAUUUCUAGAUCUAUAGGUAGACUAAAUAGGCGAAUUUAUUUUUCCAUGACCAUAAUUAAAAAAUGGCAGAAAAGGUAAUUCUAUACAGCUAUUUUAGAAGUUCUGCUUCAUGGCGAGUGAGAAUAGCUUUAGCGAUAAAAGACAUAAACUAUGAAUAUAAAGCUGUGCACCUUGUAAAGGAUGGAGGCCAACAGCAUUCUGAAGAAUACAAGCGUUUAAAUCCCAUGGAGCAAGUCCCAACUCUUGUUAUUGAUGGUCACACUUUAACUCAAUCUCUGCCUAUAAUUGAAUAUCUGGAAGAGAGGAACCCAGAGCCUCCACUUCUUCCAAAAGACAGUUUUGGUAGAGCUCAGGUCAGGGCGUUGUCUGAACUGAUAAACAGUGGCAUACAACCACUUCAAAAUAGUACUGUAUUAGAGAAGGUUGGCGAUGGAAAGGAAGAAUGGGCUAGGUCCUUUAUUGUUAAAGGCUUUCAAGCUUUGGAGACACUUUUGAAACAAACAUCUGGCAAAUACAGUUAUGGUGACACUGUAACAAUGGCUGAUCUUUGCCUGGUUCCUCAAAUGUUUGCUGCUAAAAGAUUUAAAGUUGAUCUGGAACCAUUUCCCACUAUUUGUAGAGUGCAUGAUGCCCUAGCAGAGCUCUCAGCAUUCAAAGCAGCUGAUGCAUCAAACCAGCCAGAUACACCAGAUGAGUUGAGAUCUACAUAAAUUUAUUCCAUUUAUUAAGUAUUACAUCACCUUCCUUCUACAUUCCAGUAUAAGCAAUGUGAUUAAAAGUUUAUGUCAAGGGUUUUAAGUCAAAGUUGAUUUAAAAUCCAUGAAAUGUGAAAACUAGUGUUCAACAAACAACAUAUUCUUGCUAUGAACUGUGCUUAGUUGAUAUUGAUUUUUUUGUUAGCAUUAUAUUUUGUUGAAAUUGUUUUCUGGGAGAUCUAUAUAUAAACAUUUACAUAUUGCAUUUAAUAUUUUUUUAUAUGUUAUUUAUAAUUAAUAACACAAUUAAAUGCAUUUAUGAGCCGAUUACAUGAAAAGUUUGUUUUUAAAAGAAUACCAGAAUGUGAUUAUAAUAAAAAUAUACCAAUUAAGAUGAAUUAUUCUAGAAAUAAAUGUUGCUGAAUAUUACAAA